CAUGGAGCAGAGUCACUACCAAAAGGAAUAGCGGCCAUCACUUCUGACUUGGAAAUGCGACCAUUGUGGGGUCCCCGUAAUAGGAAGUCAGUGAGAAAUUUACUGGCCAUGGCAGUUGGUAUAAAGCAGAAAGAAAACGUUAAUAAUAUAGUAAAGAAGUUUAUAGCAAGCAAGGACUUUGCGGUAAUGCUUUUCCACUAUGAUGGGAUUGUUGAUCAAUGGAGGGAUCUGGAUUGGUGUGAUCAAGCCAUUCAUGUCUCUGCUGUCAAUCAAACUAAAUGGUGGUUCGCCAAGCGAUUCUUACACCCAGAUAUCCUAUUUGACUAUUCAUACAUCUUCUUGUGGGAUGAAGACCUCGGAGUUGAACACUUUGAUGUCCAAAAAUAUUUAUCCAUAGUCAAAGAAGAAGGGCUUGAGAUAUCACAGCCAGCACUGGAUCCUGAUGUCUCAGAGGUGCACCAUGAUCUCACAGCAAGGGACAGCAAGUCAAUUGUUCACAGGAAAAUCCACAAGACUCUAAGAGGCGGAAGGAAAUGUGAUGAAAACAGCACAGGUCCACCAUGCACAGGGUUUGUGGAGAUGAUGGCUCCUGUGUUCUCAAAGGAUUCUUGGCGCUGUGUAUGGCAUAUGAUUCAGAAUGAUCUAGUUCAUGCAUGGGGCUUGGACUUUCAGCUAGGUUAUUGUUCCCAGGGUGAUAGGACUAAAAAUAUUGGUAUAGUUGAUUCUGAAUAUCUACUUCACUAUGGCAUACCAACACUUGGGGGCUCCCCAGCAAACAAGACAUCUGCCACAACACAUGGUCAAGAUGAUGAAAAUGCAACAGUGUUGAAUGAAAAAAUGGAGAAAACGCCAUCUAAUCAAGUUGAUGCUAGAUCUGAGGUAAGAAAGCAAUCCUACGUUGAACUUGAGAUGUUCAAGAGCAGAUGGAAAAAGGCAGUCGCGGAAGACUCUUGCUGGACUGACCCUUUCCAACAGCCACCGAUACACAAGAACUAA